CAAGAAGCCAAGAACAGACAGCCGCUCCCCGCAUUAAAAAACGAAGGCCGCGAAAUCUAAUCCACCCCAGCGAAACAGGCGCAGGCCAUCGACCAAAAUCCCUGUCUCGCGCAGGCACCGCCACGCGCGCGCGCCUCAUCCGUACGGACCGUGGCCGGGCCAUGACGAGCGCCUCCGAGCUGUUCACCUCACGCCGCGCCGGCCGCGCCCCCCGCCUUUCCGACCCCGACCCCGACCCGGAUCCGCACGCCGACGCGCUCCGGGACCCGCACGGCCUCGGUGGGCGGCGCCGGCGCCGAGGGUGCCACCCGCGCCGCCAGCUCAACGCAGCGGGGGACGUGCGCCAGCACCUGCACACCGGGGCCCCGUCCCCGCACCGCCGCGGGUCGUACACCGAUCAGAUCUUAUCGUACAUAGACAAUAACAACAUUGGGGAUUCUGCAGCUCGGAGGAACAGACUUGACAGGAUGAUGUUCAGGACAAAUGAGCGGCUUCCGGGUGCAGUACUGCAGGCACAAGCACGUGUCCUAGAGAGACUAAGAGGCAUUUCUCUCGGUUCAUCUGUCUCCAGGCCAUCCAUCUCACUGGAUGAUUUUUCUGCUAACGAUGUGUUUAGAAUCAUUGGCUUCAGAAACAGGGAAACCCCGUAUGAGGCAAAUGGGCCCAACUCAUCAUCGUUCCACCUAAGCAGUGAAUCAGAUGAAGAAAGCCCAACCAUCAGUUCGACUAAUUUCCAAAGGUCACCUGGACUGAGCAAGUCGGCUUUCCUUCGGCUACAGAUUGAGAUUUUUGAGGCUAGCAAAGAUGACAACAGGGAGGCCUCGCUGGAAUGUUCCAUUUGCCUUGACGAAUUCCACGAUGGAGAUGAGCAUAUAAGGCUGCGCUGUGGGCACAGGUUCCAUUCGACAUGCUUGGAGCCAUGGGUGCGGAAAUGUGCAGCCUGCCCAUACUGCCGAACAAACAUACGAUCACGGUCCUGAUGACAAACCCUUGCUUUUGAAUAGGAUUAUAACCAGCACGAAGAUGCAUUGUCGUAAUUCACUUUUGUGGGCAUGCUUGCUAAUCCGGAGAUGACUCUGUUAAAUUUAAUUUCCAGUAUCUUGAAUAUCUUGUCUUGUGUCGCUCCUAAAGAGGCUUAUGUAUUGUGUAUGAGUGAAGGCUGAUAGUACUAUAGCAUAGCAAUCCCUGUUUUCUUUGUAUCUUGUGAGAAACUAAAGCAAACAAUGUUGUUCUAAUAUGGAUAACGUUCCAAUGUCCAAAAUUCA